AUGCUUAAUACGUUAACGGUAGGUAUUAUAAGGAUUAGUUUUAGCCUAAGUAAGGAAAUCGUCGCCCUGGGUAUAGUAAAAAUAGAAAUAUACUUCGGAACGAUAACUUUCUAUAUUUUACCCGUUAAUACCCCAUUUCUCCUAUAUCUAAAAGAUAUAGAUUAA